UAUUAUUAUUAUUAGUAGUAUUAUUUUUAAAAUGAGAAUUGCAAAAGCCGGUUCGCUUCACACCAAAAAGCACCCUCAAUUUUUUUCUUCACUUCACUGCUGACCGCCAUGGAUGAGCUGCAGAAUCAGAAUUAGCAUUUUAAAUCAGUAUAUGUGAGUGAAAAAAAUGGAGGAUGUGAAGAAAGCAUAUGCGGAGAUAAUUUUGAAUAUGGCGAAGGAAGCGGCAGCUCGUGUUAUGCUAUCGGAGAAAAAAGCUCUUAAAUUUCAGCAGGAUUUGCAGUACACGAAAGAGGAAGCCGUUCGAAUGCUGCUUCGCUUGAAAUUAAUGAUUGAUACUAAGACAACUGAAGCUGAGAAUUUGUCUCAAAAUCAGCAAAGAAGAAUUGAUGAAUUAGAAGCUCAGCUUAAUGAAGCUGAAGGGCUGAUAAUUGAUCUUAGAGCAGAAUUACAUGAUGUGCAUGAGCAGCUGAAUGAGGUGAAAAAUAAGCCUCUCCAUCACCCGAGACCACAUGCAGAAGAGGAUUUGAUUUGUUGCAAUGGUAUCAUGGCCAAGUCAGAUCUAAACAAUCCAGAGUCGUUAAGAUUCCCUACUGAAUUGGGAUCCAAUGUCUGCAAAUCAGCAGAAGUAUCAGACAUAGCAUUGAGCAGUUACUCAAAGGACAAUCCUAAUGAGUCAGAGAUUUAUCGAAAUGGAUAUUGUGCAAUAGAGGUGAGCUUAGCGAAUGAGAGACUGCAUUCUGGAGAUGAUCAAAGUUUUCCCAAUCAAGCUACACAGGUCACUGAACCAAAUGGACGAGAUGCUGAAGCACACAUUGUACCAUCAUCAAAAACUAAGGAAGUAGAGAAUUUAGUUGGCGAAGAACCACUUAAGGGCCGUGCUUCUAUGCAUCGGCCCUAUACAUUCCGAGGAAAAAGGCGAAGAAAAGCUCAGUAUGGCAAAACAAAAAAUAGCUCUUGCAAGGCCCAUUGUAAUAAGCUCGUGUUGUCUCAACGACCAUUACCAGCAAUUUCUCAUUGUUCUGCGAGAUACUUGAAAACGAGCACUUUGUAUGACAGUCCUAGUAGUCCUUCUCCUAACAUCAAUACUGAGAGAAAAAAUGUAGCAGGGAGUUUUUUUCUGUUGGGUAAAGAAGAGCAACAAAACAAGGGUCUAAACGUUGCUGUUGCUCGUAGAAGUAUUAGGAAAAGACGCGUCAAAUACCUGGACGAUAGUUGUCCUGCAUCAUUGUUACAUAGCUCCCAUCCUAAUCAGCCAAUGAGACCUGGUCAGCAAUGUCCAUCUUUUCCUAAUAGCAAGUCCAAUGCAGUUGAAUGCACUGUGAGAUCAACUAAAUUAGAAGGUGAAGGUGGUAUGGAAGAGCGUAGUGGUUUACAAGCGACAUACUCAGGUUUCACCGCAGAAAACAAGAAGAUUGCAUGUGCAUAUAAUGAUGCACAUGAGGACAAAGAGUUGAUAGAUGUCUCAGUGAUGGUCGAGGAAAGUGAUGGUGAAUCACUGCUUAACUUUGGCAUGUUACCUGUUGAAUCCAUCUUUGGAGAUGCCAAAGCAUCUGAAGUAAGUAAGGAAUCAAAUCUUCAAGGUAACAAUAUGACGUCUCUCAAGUAUACGUUCAGCAGGAAGCGUAAGAAGGAUAGCUUAUUGACCCCAAAUGAGAACUCUUCUCCCGAAUGCUCAGUGAAGAAAAGGUCUGUCGAGACAGAAAACAUUGAUCCAAGACUGCAGGAUUUAAAAGCGUUAACAGAUUCACCUUUAAAAAGUAGACAGUUGAUGCAGGUUGCUCAUCAGCUUAUCUCUCUGUCUGGACGAAGCUGGUGGCAGUAGUUUUGCAGUCCCUAUUGAUGUUGAACAACAUAAACAUAAGGCUUUUGAGCAAUGUAGUUGCAUAUUUAUUCUAUUUUUGGGUACCGCGGCACUGGCUUAAUAUAUAGUUGAAGAGCUGUUCUUUCGCAUCUCUGGUGGAUCAUGUAAUUAUCCUGGCAUUAUGAUAGUAGAGUAUGAGUGUCAUUAUCUAUUCUUUUCUUCUUUC